AUGUACUGGACAUAUACAUCUGAAUCCUUGUACAGACGCUUCAUGCAGAACUACAAUAGCAGUCGACAUUACUUACAGCGGUUUGCGAAAAUAAUGGAAACUGUACCAAGCUGGCAUGAAAAUACUAGUGGGACUAACUACCACGUCACCCCGACUCACCAAAAUCUCACUGGCGACGGGUCAGAACUCGCGGUCGUCAACGAAACGAGCAAGAACGAGCACACGCUCGCUCAGCACCAUGGAAGAGCAGCAUAUAGUCACCAUGCACAGCUAAAGGACUGGAUGGGUACAUUGCAGUACAUGUUAUUGAGAGCUCCUUCAAUGCAGAGUAGUUCUACAGUCAUUGCAGAAGCAGUGACAAACGAAGGCGACGAAUUCCUACAUUUCCAUAUCAGGCAGAGCUCACGACGCGCUUACAAACAUUUUGCUACCAACAUUAUUUUCGUAAACCGCUAUGGGAAAUGCCUCGAAGCACCAGGGGAUAUCCCUCCACUCAUAUUCCCCACGUCCAGCUUCUGCAUCGAAAAGCAGCUCGAACAGGCACCACCAGAAAUCAAGUCUUCAGGAUCUGGAGCGUCGGAUGUCACUGCGGCGUUGAUGAUGGUUCCGUCAAGAAUAGUACUCGAAACAGUUAAAAGUAUCCCUCUCCGGUGGAUGACUCAGGAGAUUUUCAAAACCGAAGUAGGCAUUCUCUUCCACCGCUCGAUGUUCCAGCAGAUUGGCAUGGACCCCUCAACAUUGUUCCUCUCUGUGAGCUUUGCAGCAAAUUCGCAGAGCGAGGAAUUGGAAGACCUCAAUGACGCGCUGAGUCCUAUCUACGAUCAACUCAAGAUUGCCCCGUGCUGGUGGAUACCUGAAAUGCUGCCGCAAAAGCUGUGGUACCGGAGAGAGGAGGAUGACAAGUGGGUCACGCAUAUCAGACUGAACAUGGGAAAGGGGCGACAUAUCCCUGCACAAGGACGAGAAACCCUCAGGGUAUAUGGAACGGUUAAGAUACGGAUGGACACGGACGGACUGCAGGAAGGAAAGAACUCCGAGAGCGAGAUUCGAGGUUGA